UAUGUCUACCUGCCACUAAAUAACAACCACAAUAUUCGGAGCAGAUCAGUGAAACAAACGUUUUGUAUUGAGUAGAAGAUACUUAGAUAUUAAAGAAAAAAUGCUUAUUUAGUAUAAAUAUUUGACAAUGUAUAUUAAACAGGUGAUUAUUCAAGGCUUUAAGUCUUACAGAGAGCAAACUGUUGUAGAACCUUUUGACCCUCGACACAAUGUUGUCGUUGGCAGAAAUGGUUCAGGAAAGAGUAACUUUUUCUACGCCAUCCAGUUUGUUCUCAGUGACGAAUUUUCCCACUUGAGACCUGACCAACGUCAAGGACUUCUUCAUGAAGGUACAGGACCACGAGUAAUAUCAGCUCACGUGGAAAUUAUCUUUGAUAAUUCUGACGGACGAUUACCAAUCGACAAAGAUGAAGUUUAUUUACGAAGAGUUAUUGGCUCCAAAAAAGAUCAGUAUUUUCUUAACAAGAAAAAUGUUACCAGAAGUGAUGUGAUGAAUCUUCUAGAAUCAGCUGGAUUUUCAAGAUCUAAUCCUUAUUACAUUGUUAAGCAGGGAAAAAUUAAUCAAAUGGCUACUGCUCCAGAUUCUCAGCGACUUAAACUAUUGAGAGAAGUUGCUGGAACACGAGUGUAUGAUGAUCGACGUGAAGAAUCAAAAGCUAUUCUUAAAGAAACCGAAGGGAAGUUGGAAAAAAUUGAAGAUUUUCUUCGGACAAUUGAAGAAAGAUUACAAACAUUGGAAGAAGAAAAGGAAGAAUUGAGAGAAUAUCAACGAUGGGAUAAGCAAAGAAGGUGUUUAGAGUAUACAAUUCAUGAGCGAGAAUUGAAAGAAAAUAAAAGAAAGUUAGAAGAAUUGGAAGCUUCUCGUGCUAACAGUGGAGCAGAGCAGGCAAGACUUGGAAAAGAGGUCAAAUCUGCCCAAGAGCAAGUUCGAGCAGCGACAAAACGUCUGAAGGAGGCUAAAAAAGAUCUUCAGUCUGCCAAAGAAGAACGUGAUACCUUAAGUGCUGAACAACAACAGCUCCUUAAAGAGAAGACUAAGCUUGGUUUGACAAUAACAGAUUUACGAGAAGAAGUAACCGGUGAUAAUGACAGUAGAAAGAGAGCAGAACAGGAAUUGGAGAAAUUGAAAGCAACAAUUGCUCUUCGGGAGCAAGAUCUUGAGAAAAUAAAACCUGAAUACGAAGAAAUGAAACGCAGAGAAGAAGAAUACACAAGAUUAUUAGGAUUAAAAGAGCAAAAGAGAAAACAGCUUUAUGCUAAACAAGGUCGUGGCAGUCAGUUCACUAAUAAAGAUGAUCGAGAUCGAUGGAUUCAAAAUGAAUUGAAACAGUUAAAUAAACAGAUAAAAGACAAAGAAGAACAUCAGAGAAAAAUCAAAGAAGAUUUGGAAAAAGAUGCCAAGAAGCAAAAAGAUUUAGAGAAGAAAAUUGAAGAAGCCACUAGAGAAAUGGAAAAACAACGAGCUUCAAUUGAUGAGCAUAAUAAACAAUUGUAUGAAUUGACUAAGUUAAAAGACCAAUGUCAAGCUACGAGAAAAGAACAAUACAGAAAAGAAAGUGUUCUACAGCUAAAUUUAUCUGGUCUUAAGGAAGAUUUAGCUAAAGCAGAUCAAAGUCUACGUUCUAUGGCAGGUAAGCCUAUUUUAAAUGGGCGAGACAGUGUUCGUAAAGUUCUAGAUACAUUUCGUGAACGUCCAGAAAUGGCAGCAGAAGUGGAUCUUUAUUAUGGACCAGUAAUUGAAAAUUUUAAUUGUGAAAAGGAUAUUUAUAUGGCUGUAGAAGUAACAGCUGGUAAUCGAUUGUUUCACCACAUUGUAGAGACUGAUAAAUUUGGUACAAAAAUUUUGAAAGAGAUGAACAAUCAACGACUUCCUGGGGAAGUUACUUUCAUGCCUUUAAAUCGUCUUCAUGUAAAAGCUAUUAAUUAUCCACAGACCAAUGAUGCAAUUGCUAUGAUUUCUAAACUUAAUUAUGAUGCUAAGUUCGAUCGAGCUAUGAGAUAUAUUUUUGGAAAAACUCUCAUCUGUCGUAGUCUUGAAGUAGCCACAAAUUUAGCCCGUGAGUCGGGUUUAGAUUGUGUUACCCUUGAAGGUGAUCAAGUUUCUUCUAAAGGUUCUCUUACUGGAGGAUACUUUAAUACUCUUAAAUCUCGUCUAGAAAUCCAGAAGAUGCGUUCUGAAUUGUCUGAUCAAAUAACUGCUUUAGAGUCUGAAUUAUCAGGUCUCAGAGAUGAAAUUCGUCAAGCUGAUCAGAACAUUAGCACUUAUGUCACUGAAAUGCAACGGACAGAGACGAAAAAUAGUAAAGCUAAAGAUAUUUAUGAUAAAAUGAAGGCUGAAAUACGCAUGAUGAAAGAGGAAUUGAGUGCUAUUGAGAGAUACAGGACUCCUAAAGAACGGAGUCUUGCACAAUGUACCUCUAACUUAGAAGCAAUGAGAGCUACGAAAGAAGGUCUUGAAAGUGAGUUACACCAGGAUUUGAUGGCUCAAUUAUCCGUUGCUGAUCAACGUCAAGUUGAUACUCUUAAUGAUGAAAUAAGGAAUUUGACUAAAGAAAAUAAGGAAGCUUUUGCCAAGAGAAUGCGUCUGGAAGCUGAAAAAAAUAAAUUAGAAAAUCUAUUGACUAAUAAUUUACACAGGCGUAAAGAUGAAGUUAUUCAAGCUCUUCAAGAAAUUUCUGUUGAAGAUCGUCAAAGACAACUUGAAUCUUCUCAAGCAAAUUUAGCUGAUAUUGAAAAGAGAUUGGUCAAAGUUAGCGCUGAUUUUAAAUUGCAAAAUGAAAAGGUUGCUACAGCAUCUAAAAGACAGAAAGCUGAAGCUGCAGAAGUUGAAAAAUGGAAAGCUAAAGAGAAAGAAGUUCAAGAAAAAAUAGAAUCUGAUGCAAAGGACUUGGAAAAAUUAGCCAGUAAGCAGAAUAUUCUUCAGCAAAAAAUCGCUGAAUGUACUCAAAAAAUUACAGAACUCGGAGCUUUGCCUAGUCCUGAAGCUUACGAAAAACUGGGAUCAAUGUCAACAAAACAAUUAUUUAAAGAAAUGGAAAAAGCAAAUAAUCAAUUAAAAAAAUAUAGUCAUGUUAAUAAAAAAGCUUUAGAUCAAUUUACAUCAUUCAGUGAUCAGAAAGAAAAAUUAGUAAAGCGUAAAGAAGAGUUAGAUCGUGGUGAUGAAAAAAUUAAAGAACUCAUGAACGUUUUGGAGCAAAGAAAAUGUGAAGCGAUUCAGUUUACUUUUAAACAAGUUAGCAAGUAUUUUAGUGAAGUGUUUAAAAAGCUCGUACCUACAGGCCAUGCACAACUAGUUAUGAGAACAGCUGAUGGAGAUGAAGGAACAGAUGAUGUAUCAUCUGUAGCUGCAGAUUCUGAUAGAUUUAUUGGAGUAGGCAUUCGAGUUUCUUUCACUGGACAACGUGCUGAAAUGAGAGAAAUGAACCAAUUAUCUGGUGGACAAAAAUCUUUAGUAGCUUUAGCUUUGAUUUUUGCUAUUCAAAAAUGUGAUCCUGCUCCUUUCUAUUUAUUCGAUGAAAUCGAUCAAGCUCUUGAUGCUCAGCACAGGAAAGCUGUUGCUGAUAUGAUUCAUGAAUUAAGUGCUGAUGCACAAUUUAUCACAACAACCUUCAGACCUGAAUUAUUGCAACAUGCUAAUAAAUUUUAUGGUGUAAAAUUCCGCAAUAAAGUAUCUCAUGUAGAGUGUGUAACUCGUGAAGAGGCUGCUGACUUUGUCGAAGAUGACACGACUCAUGGAUAAAUAAUUAUAAAUAUUUAUUUUUAUUCACCUGUUUAAUUUUUAUUGAACUUUAUUAUGUACUAAAAUAUCAACAAUUACAUCAUAUUAAUCAUGGAUUAUAAAGUA